ACAGCAACGACAGGAAGCAGACGUCGUUUAGGCAGUUUUUUGAACGCUGAAAUAUAAUCGUUAAUUUCCUUUUUUUCUUCAAGUAUUUUUUUUUCUUUUUUGAUGGUGGUGACGAUUAGUGGAUUCGUUUGUUAAAACCCUCAGAAAUGUUCAAAAUGAACUCGCAGCACGUAGCUAGUUCACAUAGAGUCUGCCGUAUGAUAGUGUAGGCAGGACAUGUGCAAUCGGCGUGUGGGAGGAACUGACACUAGGGUUUUUUCCCUUCUAACUACGGCUGCCGAUCAUUUGACAAGGAUAAGGCAAGGUAAGCAUACGUGCACGUGGUGCGUACUAUUUCAAGUACAGUAGGCCUUUGAAGAGAAUUCAUCAGAUCGCCAGAAUUGGAGGAGGCCCGAGCCGCAUCUGACCGCAGUGGAUUGUCUGUUCAUACAGGAUGCCUGAAGGAGCGAGUUACAAUGUCGGUCAAGACAUUUUCCCACUAGAGACUUGUUUGAUCUAGAGUUACAACUAAAUCAUCUUCAUCAUGGGUCAAAAAGAUGCACCAAAAGACCGCUUUCACUUUGUUGGAGUCAUCUUCUUUAUUCAAGGUCUUGGUACUCUUCUGCCCUGGAACUUCUUCAUAACAGCUAUUGGGUACUUUAAUGAGCGCUUGAGAAGCAACGUUGUGCAUCCCAGUUACAACGGUACAAAUGAGACCCACAGUGUUGAGCAUGAUGAAUAUCACUUUGGCAACUGGAUGACUCUACUAGCUCAGCUGCCAUUGCUACUUUUUACCUUUCUCAAUUCCUUUUUGUAUCAGUGGAUCUCAGAACGCAUCCGCAUUGCAGGCAGUUUAUUAUGCAUUCUUCUCUGCUUCAUCCUGACUGCUGCUUUUGUCAAAAUAGACAUGGAACCUGGAACGUUCUUCUCUGUGACCAUGGCUACAAUAUGGUUUAUUAACUCAUUUGGCGCAGUCCUACAAGGCAGUCUGUUUGGGCUGGUGGGAUUACUGCCACAGAAGUACAGUACCCUCUUCAUGAGUGGCCAAGGCCUUGCUGGGAUCUUUGCUGCUUUGGCUAUGCUGAUAGCCCUUUCACUGGGUACAGACACAAGGACUGCAGCACUGGGAUAUUUUAUAACACCAUGCAUUGGCACCUUAAUUUCAGUAUUCACAUACUUGAUGCUUCCUCAUCUGGAGUUUUCUUCUUAUUACCUGAAUAGAAAUCACAAAUUACAUGAAUUGGAGACCAAAGAUCAUCUGCUUCAAACAGAAAAUGGAAAGGAAAAUGGCCAUGCUAAUGGUGGCAAGCAAGCCUAUCUCGCACUUGACCAAACUGAGAAUGGAGAAGUGAAUACGCAGAAAAAGUCUUCUGUAUUCCAAGUUCUUAAAAAGAUAAAGAUGAUGGCUUUCUGCAUCACACUUGUGUUCACAGUGUCCCUCUCUGUAUUUCCUGCAGUCACAGCUGAUGUUAAGAGUCAAUUUGGAGAUCCAUGGAACAAGUAUUUCAUUCCUGUCUGCUGCUUUCUGGCAUUCAAUUUGAUGGACUGGGCAGGACGAUCUGUGACAGUGUGUGUUCGAUGGCCUUCGAAGAACAGUUGUUUUUUCCCACUACUUGUUUGUGCGCGCAUCGUCUUCAUACCUCUGUUAAUGCUGUGCAAUGUCCAGGAGCGUGCCUAUCUCCCAGUGAUUUUCCAUCAUGAUGCCGUCUUUGUUAUCCUCAUGGUGCUCUUCUCUUUCACCAGUGGAUAUUGUGCCUGCCUCUCCAUGUCUUACGCACCUCAAAUGGUUGAACCACAAGAUGUCGAGACGACUGGGGCCUUGAUGACCUUCUUUUUGGCAUUAGGAUUGUCUCUGGGGGCUGCACUCUCAUUUCUUCUACGAAUGAUUGUCUAGAAGUGGAAAUAUGCAAAUCCACUUUUUAUAUAUAAGUUUAUUUAUUUAUUUUAUAUUUUUCUGUAUGCUGCCUAGCAGAUGAAUCAGAAGAUUUUAAAAAUCUGUAAAAAUCUUCAAGUGAAACAUUGAAAUUUUAGAAUUAUGAACAGUAAUUUGUUUGAAUUUAGUUUUUAAAUAGUAAAUUGUUUUUGUAUGUGCUAGCUUUAGAUUUAAUUUAAUUUAAUUUUAGUUUUAACCUACACAAGUUUUUCUCAUUUCUUCUGAACCAUCUGAGGAUGUAUACAUAAUAUCAAGUGUUUAGUUUCUCUUUUUCACUUUUGGGGUUGAAAGAUCUAGUCAUGUAACACAGUAUCAUUUUGGUUGUUGUAAUGGUUAUAGAUGGGCAAAUGUUUCAAAUUAAGCAUAUAGUGUGCUGUACAUCAUGUCAGAGAGAACUCGACACUGAAUGAAGAAAUAUUUGAACAAGCGCUGCACUGUGGCGUUACUGUGCUGCGGUUUGAACUGUCAGGCCUCUCUCUGCUCAGGGGGGCAUCGAAGCUGCAGAGCAGCUGGUCAGCAGCGCCACCUUAGGGUUCAGCUUUUUCUUUUUAGUCCUGUAUUUCUCAUGUUUGUUAGUCUAUUUUUAUAUAUUUUUAUUUUAACAGAUGGGAUCAAACUAAACAUAAGGGAUUUUAAAGUUUAUUUUUGUAUUACUUGGUAUUGCAAAGCACGUAUUGCUCUUUUUAUUUAUUUUUUUAAAUGCAUAAUUUUUGUUUUACAUUCAAAUGUUACACUGAAAAUCAAAGGGAAUCGGGCAGAUGGCUUGUAAGGUUAGAAUAUCCGUCAUGGGAGAAUUCAUGACAGACUUCAUGAUUUUAUGUUUUUUGUACUUAUUGGAAAUCUAUAAAACAGAACAAUUGUUUUUCAUUUUUGUUAGCAGCUCCUAAAACAUCACCACUAAUACGUGUUUACCAUCCAGACACUCCAUUAAUGUAAACUCCCAUUGUAGACUUACCUAAAUUACAAUACACACCCUGUUUAAUAAAAAGAGAAGCCACACUGAAGUAAAACGGCACGUGAGGAUGAAGAGCUGCUGGGUGCUCUCUCUGUCCUUUAGUGUCCCAGCUGGUCUUCAUUAGUUGGGAGGCAUCUUCUGUGCCUAAACAUGGCAUAAAAAGGGUAUUGGCAGCAAGUACCCAGAGUGCCCUGCUAUAGGACAGCACAAGAUAGCCAGCCAGUCCCUCCCCCCACAUAUGCAAUACAUUAAAGUAGGAAUUCUGAUUGGAGGGACGAGUUACAGCAAACAAUCUGAAAAUCCUCUUGAUUAAUUUUAUCUAGCUAUCUAUCUAUCUAUCUAUCUACAGGUAUAUACAUAUAUAUGUGUAUAUGUAUAUUUAUAGAUAACGCGAGUUCAUUCUUUAAAGGAAAUACUGUAUCAAGUUUGUAAAUAAUUAAUGUAGGAGAGAACAAUGUAAAUAGUGUGCAUUGAGGGUUUUCAUUUUUUUUUUUUUUUUUUAUGUAUCCGUAGCUAAAAAAUAAUUCUAAAGUUUAGAUUGACAGCAAUCGUCUCUGCCUAACACAUACAUAUAUAUAUAUAUAUAUAUAUAUAUAUAUAUGUGACGGGAAUUAUUUGCUUUCUUGGUUUCUUUUCACUUAUGCCACACUUGUGUACCCUACCGAGGCACAUGAGGCUGUCCAGCUAUUACGCAUCACAAUGUGCACAAAAGUUCUAGUUACAGACAGCCCCAAACUCCGUAAUCUCUGGGUGAAGCCAUUCUUCCUUUCUUUUUUUUUUUUUUUUAAAUGGCUUCUAGAGGUCAUUCUAGCUUCUGCAUUCCCUCUAGCUGGCCUCACCCUGAAGAUGUAAUCCUGUGGCACAACACAGUUUAACAGUUAACAAUGUAGUGGGGCACCUGAAUGGCAGUCAUGCAAUAAAAGUGCAACCUGACACCCUUCUAAGCCUUAUAGCUGCUGUAGGAUGAGUGACUCGUCGAAGUGCCAUUAUAAAGCACACCGGUGUUAGGAUUGUUCCGCUGGACGUGACCCACUCAGUGCUGCACGUGGUCUGACGUCUCGUGAAUAUACUGUACAUCUGAACGCCGAGCUCAGCCUUGUGGUCAUUUAUCUUGCUUGAGUUGAUCGGUCGGAGAUUGGUGUUUUUUUUAAAUUUCAUUUGUCACGUGUUUGCAAUCAAUAAAACAGGACUUGCUGUUGUAAAGUA